AUGUCUCAACGAUAUUCAAGAGAAUAUUAUGCAUAUGAACAGCGUUUCAAUGAUAGAUUUCCUUUAUCAAUUGUAGCUUUAAUAGCUAUAAUUCAAAUGUUAACUACAUUUAGUAUAAUUGGUCUUGAAAUUGGACAUAUUGUAUAUAAUAUUCGUUUAACAAAUUUAUUUGUUGGAUUUUGGGCAUCUGUUCCAUUUACUAUUUUAUGGAUUUCAAUGUUUGCUGCUGUAUGUUGUUGUCGUCGACGAAGUUGUGCUACACAUGCUGUUGUACAAAAUUUCAUUUCAUUGAUUUUUGCUAUUGCUCUCAUUGGCAUUAAUAUUGCUUUCAUUCGACGACCAAAUUAUUGCUUUUUUACUUCAGGAAUAUGUGAAAGAUUAUUUUGGCCGAAUAAUGCAGAUUUAUCAUUUGGUUGUUUUUUUGAUGAUCAUUCAGAAAGUUGUGGAAAAACUCGUUUAGCAUUAAUUAAAGCUCAGUUAGCUGCUGGUGUUCUUAUGGCAAUUACAUGCUUUAUAUAUCUUAUUGUAUAUGCUGUCGUUGCUUCACGAGCAUCACGAGUUACUCGACGUCAAAUGCAUACAGCAUCUGAUGCUGUUAUGGCUCCUGUUUAUCAACAACCAGCACCGCCAGCAAUGCGUUAUGGACAUCAACCUUAUAUAAUUUCUCCUAAUCCAUAUCAACCAUCAAUGCCUGCUGUUACCAAUAUAAAUUAUUUGCCACCAAAUCAAGAACCGACACUAUAUCCAACGAUUUCAAAUCAUCGAUUGUAA